ACGUUGCAUCAACUACUCCGGUUCCCAACAGAGCAUGGGAUUGAGGAAGUCAGAGGGGAUCAACUACAAGCCAAAAAUUGCUCCAUGGCAGCAAUAAAGUCCACCUGUAGUAUACGGGAGCCAAAGAAAGCAGAAGUUGAAGACGAGGACAUGGAAGUCCUAGAAGACGUCAGGAAAGAACCAGCCGAGAAAAGCGAAGAGGCGCUAAAGAAAAUCCUCGUCCAGGAGGGCGACGAAGAACGGUUUUUUCUUCUCGGCUCAGGCUUAGCUAGAGAAGAAGAAAAAGAACUGGAAGAUUUUUUAAGGGCAAACAUAGAGGCGUUCGCCUGGACACCGUAUGAAAUGCCUGGCAUUGACCCCGAGGUCACUUGCCACAGUCUGAAUGUCGACAGAUCGGCAAAACCUGUGAUUCAACGAGCUAGAAGGCCGACGUUAAUGCACGUCGAAGUAGUCGAGGAAGAGGUAGACAGACUCCUUGAAGCCAGGGCCAUCCGAGAAGUCCAGUACCCAACAUGGCUGUCCAACAAAGUAGUAGUAAAAAAGAAGAAUGGCAAGUGGAGGGUUUGUGUAGACUUUACCAGCCUCAACAAAGCUUGCCCCAAAGACAGCUUCCCUCUGCCCAAAAUCGACCAACUC